AUGCCAAGUGGUAGUCAUGGAAUUCUUGGGGAUGCUUUUGUCAAACUUUUAUCCAACGCUGGUCAUGAGGUUACGUACAUAACGGCAAUGUCUAAAAUAACUUCAUAUCCGAAUGUAACAAUAGUUGACGUUAGUUCCAAUAUAAAUCUCUUUCCAGAGAAUUUUCUAAAUAUCAAAAAUAUAAUGGACAAAGACUCGGACAUGAAUGAAAACGACUUCUUCUUCCCAAUUAUGGACAGUGUGAGCUUAGCAACGAUUAAACACGAGCAAGUUCAAAAAAUUCUUAUGAACGAGUCACAGCAUUUCGAUGUCGUCGUUGCUGAGUGGAUGUAUAACGAACUUUAUGCUGGCUUUUCGACAGUAUUUAACUGCCCACUGAUUUGGUUUUCAACUCUGGAGCCUCACUGGUUAAUUUUAAGGAUAAUAGAUGAAGCUUCAAACCCGGCAUACAAUCCGGACAGCAUGUCUACCAAUAUAAUUCCAUAUACGUUUUUUGAACGUUUGGAAGAGCUAUGGUUACAGAUGUCACGAAGUUUCUACAGAGAACUUUGGAAAUACAAUGAAGUGACUAAAAUUUUUAAUGAGAUGUAUGCACCUGUACUGUCGCGAAAGGGACAUGCUGUUCCAUCAUACGAGGACGUAAGAUACAACGGAUCACUCGUUUUGGGCAAUUCUUACGUUGCACUGGGACAAGCUACCAGACUUCCGCAGAGCUACAAGCCUAUUGGAGGUUUUCACAUUGACAAAAAUAUACAGACUUUACCAAAGCGAUCGUUGGGACUUUUACAGAAUGUAGAAGCUAUUAUGGAUCAUGCAAAACAUGGCGUAAUAUAUUUUAGCAUGGGAUCAAACUUACAAAGUUCACAAUGGCCAAACGAGAUCAAAGAGGGUUUGCUGAGAAUGUUAGGUCAAUUAAAACAAACAGUGUUAUGGAAGUUUGAAGAAGCAUUAGCAAAAGUACCUAGUAAUGUACAUUUACUUAAAUGGGCUCCUCAGCAGAGCAUUUUAGCACAUCCCAACUGCGUUCUCUUCAUCACACAUUCCGGUUUGUUAUCGACAACUGAGGCAGUUCAUUUUGGUGUACCUAUCAUAGGUAUUCCAGUUUUCGCUGAUCAGUUCGUCAAUAUACUUCGGGCGGUCAACAUAGGAUUUGCAAAAAAAGUAGAUCUUUCAUAUGACAUUGUGGAUGAAUUAAAAACUGCAAUUGUGGAUAUUCUUAACGAUCCACGAUAUCACGAUAAAGCAAAAGAGUUAUCUAUGGUCUACCACGAUCGACCGGUGACUCCGCAAAAAGAAAUCGUACACUGGGUAGAGCACGUAAUACGCACAAAUGGAGCAGUUCAUUUGCGAUCUCCGGCACUUUUCGUUCCUUGGUACCAGAAGACAUAUCUUGACCUUAUAGUGAUUAUUGUAUUUAUCAUAAUUAUGUCGAUGAUUUUCAUUAAGUGUGGGUUACAAGCAUGUAAACAUGUACAUAAUAAGGAGAAAACUAGUUAA